CAUCAUUUGUUUCGGAUCAUAGAGAAAUGUCACAUCCUAAGGCCAUAAUCAUUACAGUUGAUUCACCUUCAACUCCAAUUACACCAACUUCUGCACCGAAGGAAAUUGGGAAGCUUACUAUGUCUGUUUCUCCUACGAAGUUUCAAGCAAGAAAAGCUCAAUGUGAGACUGAGGUACAAGACAAGGAUCUUGACUUUGAAACACCUGGGGUAUUAGCUUCUUCCUUGCCUUCUGAUUCCAGUGUCCCAGAAAACAACCAACUUCCACAUUGUGCAAAGCAGCCUUUUGAGCGCUUAAUUCAAGCAGUUCAGCUGAUUUCUAAGGAAGCUCUGAAGAGUUCCAUGGAUGACAUUGCCUCAGCCAUGAGUGCUGUGAAUAAUUUGCCCACGUAUGCAAAUGAUGUUGAUUCACCAGCAGUAUAUUGUAGUACUGGCGAUGGAAACACAUCCCAUAAAAAAAUGAAACGUGACAUAGAUUCAGUGAGAGGGGUUGUGUCGGCGUUGGAUAAUUAUGGUUCAUGCAGAAAAAAGUUGAGAAAGGAGGUCAAUAACGAUUUAAUGGAUGAAAGUAGACAAACAAACCAGAGACUUAUUGAGACAGUGCUAAAAGUAGAUUGUGAUUUUGAUUCUAGUAAUGAGUCCAUCAUCAAAUGUACCUAUAAACCUGUGUCCUGCAGUGGAAGUUUUAAGAGACAUUUUGGAUUUAUGGAAUCAAUGUUGACCCUUUCAAUCGAGAUUCUUGUUCCUUCAUACUACCCUAAUACUCCACUUAAGAUCUUAGACAGGCUACCUGAUGGAUGCUGUAAAGAGACUAAAGAUUUGACGGAGAAGGCAAGAGCUAGAUUUGACAGGUGCAUUAGAGGUCUUGUGUCGCUAGGACUAGGAGACAUGGCUCGAGCUUGGGAUGAUAGCGCUCGAUCUGUUAUUUCCGACUUUACCCUUGGUCUUGGAGGAGAAUUUUUCAGCUCUAAGUAUGGCACCUGGGAGUGUGUUUCAGCAGUUUGAUGAAAAUCUAAGUGAUAUAGUAGGAAAACAAAAGUGAGGAACUCUCAUUCUGCUGCUCGGUUGAGGCUAUUAGGAUAUUACUGCCUUGUCCCUAUCUUGUGAAUAUGCCAAUAUAAAUAUAAAAUACUUUAUGGUAAAUACAUAUAAUAAGGUCUUGUAAACAAAAAUACAUAUAAAAGGUUAUCUUCAUCACUUUGCUUUUAAAUAAAACUAAGACAUACAUUACUUUUGAAAUUAACUACAUCACUAAACCUUUGGAGAAAAGUACAAA